AUGGCUGAUCAUUUCAAUGAAGAGGAGCACAAGGUUGGCAUGACCAAUAUUCUCCCAAACGACAAGUUGACUGAAGUCCUUACAAAGGUUGCUUCACCUUCCUUCAUUGACCUCUUCGAGGCGAAGCUCACCUGCAGAGAUUUAUGCGGGUUGGCAAAGAAGGAUCAUAUCUUCCAACAAGCGUCGUUGGAGAAUAUUCCGCAUUCUUGGUGUACAAAUGCGGAAGUUUUGUUUUUAAAACGUUGCAAAGAGAGUGGAAACCCAGAUGCAAUAUUUAGAGAAGGCAUGCAUGGGUACUUCACUUCCAAGAAUCCCGAACUUGAGCUUAAGUUUUUAGAAACGGCUUAUGAGAAGGGACACAUUGAAGCAACGUCAAUUAAAGCAUCAAGGAUUGAAGAUCAAUCCACACCAGCAAAACAGAAAGGAUUUAAGCACAAGGGCCUGUCAAUGGAUGCCGGUGGAGGAUAG